AUGUAUCAAGACAUUUCAAAUGACGUCACUGAGAUCGAAGUCUUCAUAUGUUACGUCAUCGUAUCUCCAAUCAUCACCAUAGCUGGUAUUGUUACUAACGUCAUCAACAUUGUGGUCUACUCCAAACAUGGUGUAAGAGAAUCUAUUAACGUAACCUUUCUGACCUUGGCCAUCACUGACCUUGCUGGACUAGUCUGUUGUGUUUGGUAUGGCAUUGGCGUGAAUCCACUUUUGUCUUCUAGAACUGACCUUUCAUUUAACUCUGUGGAAGUCACCUAUCUCACUGGGGCUUAUCCACGUAUUUUAUUCACAAAAAUGACUUGCUGGAUAACUGUCUAUGUCUCUCUGGAGAGAUGUUACUGUAUAGUGGUACCACUUCAUGUCAAGACAAUGAUUACACCAAGAAGAACUGCCUGGACGCUAGCUGGACUGUACGCUGUAGGAAUCAUCACCAGCUUUCCUGUCUUCUAUUCGGGAUCACUUUUUCUAGAAUGGAAAACAGAUCCUCUUAGCAACAGAACUGUGCUUGGGAUGGGUAUGAGUACAUAUUAUGCAGAAGUGGCCACCGUCAGCGUGGUUUCAGUAGCGAGUCUUUUCUUAACGUCUUUUGUCAUCAUAAUUUUGACCACCGUCGUCCUGGCUGCAGUGCUGAAUAAAAAAUCAAAAUGGCGUCAACGUUCAGGAAACUAUGGCAAAAACAGAUCCAAAUAUAUUGGGAAUAGGGAUAUAACUCUCAGUAAAACUAUCGUGUUAUUGUCCUCAGUGCUCAUCGUAAGUUAUCUCCCUUACACAGUUAAUUGCUUGCUGAUGGCUGUUUUGGAUGGUUUUGAUUUGUACGGCAAAUACAACAAUCUGUUUAUAGUCAUGUGGUCCAUUUCUUGGCUGUUUGAGACUCUGAAUUCUACUUCAAGCAUAUUUAUCUACUACAGCAUGAGUACUAAGUACAGGGAGACUUUCCUGCUACUCUGCUUGAGAAUGGAUGGGAGCUUGCACAGAAUCCUUAAUAAGCCAUGGCGACUACCUGUGUUCAAUGAGAUCAAUGAUGGUGACAAACAUGUCCAGGUUCUGCUCCCUGCAUUCUUCCUGCACUUGACACAAGACAAAAAUAAUGUCCAUUUGCCUCUACCAGCCCGUUAA